AGUCACGGUCGUCCGAAGUGCACGUGAGCUUCAAAUGAACGGGAACUCAUUUCAUUCAGAAACUACGAAGUCGCGGUUCUACUAGCCGCGUUUCGAAUCUGCACGUAUAUUAUCUAGCUAGUGUCACAGGAUUUGUGUUUCGUAUUUGACGGAUUAAAAUGACGUUGCAUGCGAUUAAAUGGGAAAACGGCAAGCUGGAGAUACUGGAUCAGAUAUUGUUGCCGGCAAUCUCCCGAUACAUCCCUGUCAAAGGCGUGGAGGAUGGUUGGAAAGUCAUCAAUAACAUGCAGGUUCGAGGCGCACCAGCGAUAGCUAUCGUGGGCUGUUUAAGUUUAGCAACGGAGAUUAGGAAUGAAGAAUAUAUGGACAAGAAGAGUCUACGACAGGAUGUGGAGGGCAAAUUGAAUUACUUGGUCUCGGCUCGACCAACUGCUGUUAAUAUGAAAAUAGCAGCAGAUGAAUUAAUUCAGUUGGCUAAUAAGCUUAGUAAAGAUGAGACUGUUAAUGUAAUUGAAAUGAAAGAAAGGUUUAUCGCAGCCAUAGAAGCCAUGUUGGAAAAGGAUAUCGCGGAUAACAAGGCCAUUGGGGACUAUGGAGCUCAGGAAAUUCUGAAGAACGUGUCUGGGGACAACUUCGUUAGAAUCUUGACGCACUGUAACACUGGCAGUCUUGCAACAGCAGGUUAUGGCACAGCUUUAGGUGUUAUUAGAUCCCUUCAUAAGAGAAAUAGUCUUGAACACGCAUACUGCUCCGAAACAAGGCCAUAUAACCAAGGAGCGCGGCUGACUGCGUACGAAUUAGUAUAUGAAGAUGUUCCUGCGACUUUAAUUUGCGACGAUAUGGUGGCAGCACUGAUGAAAACAAGAAAUAUCUCUGCAGUUGUUGUUGGUGCAGACAGGGUUGCUGCAAAUGGCGAUACAGCUAACAAAAUUGGAACUUACCAGAUUGCCAUAGUUGCUAAAUACCACAAUGUUCCCUUCUAUGUAGCAGCUCCACGGACUUCCAUAGACUUUACUAUUCCUAAUGGUGAUCAUAUAGUUAUCGAAGAAAGGCCAGAAAGGGAAAUGACACAUAUAAACGAUCAACGAAUCGCGGCACCCGGAAUACAAUGUUGGAAUCCGGCCUUUGACGUAACCCCAGCUAGUCUGAUUAAAGGUAUCAUUACGGAAGUUGGGGUAUACAGACCCGAAGAUCUGAUACAAUUGAAGAACUAUGAAAACUCAUAAAGUAUCGAUUAAUUACGAGCAAAGAAUCUUCUGAAUGCAUUUAUAAGAACGAAUUAAUCGGUAAUUUCGAUGUUACGACAAAUUGUUGUCAGGCAUUGUUUAUUUAAAUACUUCGAGUUAUAAUAAAAUUGUUGGCAGAUUACGCUUAUUUGAACACGUUAAGUCUGAUGGACGCAGCACAAUGUACCAUGGAUAUACAUAUUCGUAUUAAAUGCCUUAUUACUCCGCUGUGAUUUUUAUAUGUAUAUUUAUAGUGAUUAAUAUCUCAAACAAAUAGUUGUAUUGAUAUUGAAAAAAGAAUCAAAUAUUGAUCAAAUGGAUCAUUGGCAUAAAAUAUAAGAUAAUAGAAAACA